GUGAAUUAGCUGGAGAUUGUAGGGAGAGAGCAAAAGGGAGGGAGUGUGAGGAUUUGGUGUUUCGUCGUACAUGGGGAAGCGAUUGUACAUAGUGCGUGUAUUUAUAUGUACAUUUUUCGUUUCUGACUUUUCACCAUACGAAAUUAAAGUAGAUGGCAAUAGACUGAUUAAUACGGUUGUUUUUGACAUUCAAUGUAUACGCUAUGCACGGGGACCGGGUUGCCAUUUAUAGCCAUACAAACAUAGACAUACAAUACGUUGCAAAGAAGCACAUUUUACCAAAUAAUUCGACAUUUGGGUGAUCUCAAACGAGUCGCAACCGAUGGACAUAAGGUCAUCUUGACUGAGCGCGUCGAAAGUAUUUAUCCAGUAAUGGCACAGCUAUUGUUUCUUAUAAUUCUGUAUGCUCUGCCAUCUCUUGUUGUGGCCAUACAUAAUUCAACAACUGGAGGCUGUGCCAUCAUCCGUCCUCCCAGAGAUGGAGGCAUCCGCUACAGAGGCCUGACACAAGAACAGAUUCGCAAUGUGCAGAUCCUACCAGUGGACUAUGAGAUAGAGUACAUCUGCAGGGGGAACAGGGUCAUAGUGGGCCCUAAGGUCAGGAAGUGCCUUCCCAACGGCACAUGGACUGAUAUCACACAGCACAGCAGGUGUCUGCUGCUGUGCCCUCGUGUGUGGACGUCCCUGGAGAAUGGGAGGGUGGCGCUGAAGCCCCCUGGGCCACCGGUGGAGGGCACCGUGCUGCACUACAGCUGCCAUGCUGGCUUCAUGCUGGAGGGCAGGAACAUCACACACUGCACCAAGCUGGGCAAGUGGGACUCAUCCAAACCGGUCUGCCUCUAUGACAGAAACUACAAAGGCAAGAAGAAACUCUACAUCGGAGCUCUCUUCCCCAUGAGCGGCGGUUGGCCGGGCGGCCAAGCAUGUCUCCCCUCUGCGCAGAUGGCUUUGGAUCUGGUAAACAACCGGACGGAUAUUCUGCCGGAUUACGAACUGGAGCUGAUAUACUAUGACAGUAUGUGUGACCCAGGGGAGUCCACCAAGUUGCUCUAUGAUCUGCUCUACACAGAGCCCAUCAAGACAGUCCUGAUGCCCGGCUGCAGCUCCGUAUCCACACUGGUAGCAGAGGCUGCUCGCAUGUGGAACCUCAUAGUGUUGUCCUAUGGCUCCAGCUCUCCAGCCUUGUCCAACAGGAACCGCUUCCCCACCUUCUUCCGCACCCACCCCUCGGCCACCCUCCACAACCCCACCAGGGUACGCCUCUUCCAGAAGUGGAAGUGGACCAAGAUCGCUACCAUCCAGCAGACCACAGAGGUCUUCACUUCGACUCUGGAUGAUCUGGAGCAGAGGGUGAAGGAGGCAGGGAUUGAGAUCAGUGUGAGACAGAGCUUCCUCACCGACCCGGCUGUCGCUGUCAAGAACCUCAAGCGUCAGGAUGCCAGAAUAAUUGUGGGGCUCUUCUAUGAGACGGAAGCCAGGAAGGUGUUUUGCGAGGUAUUUAAGGAGAAACUGUAUGGGAAGAAAUAUGUGUGGUUUCUGAUUGGUUGGUACGCUGAUAACUGGUUCAAGAUCAAAGACCCGUCCAUCAACUGCACCAUCGAGAACAUGACAGAGGCGGUGGAGGGCCACGUUACCACGGAGAUCGUCAUGCUCAACCCCGAGACCAUCCGCGGAGCCUCCAACCUGACCUCUCAGGAGUUCCUGGGGGCGUUGAUGAACCGGCUGGGGGGUAAGAACCCGGAAGAGACAGGGGGCUUCCAGGAGGCCCCUCUGGCCUACGACGCUGUCUGGGCCCUGGCCCUGGCCCUCAACAAGACUGUGGCCCCUCUGAAGGCCAAAGGCCGCAGGCUGGAGGACUUCAACUACAACAACCAUGACAUCACAGCAGAGAUCUACCGCGCCCUCAACACCAGCUCAUUUGAAGGCGUGUCUGGCCAUGUGGUGUUUGAUGCCCAGGGUUCCAGGAUGGCGAUGACCCUUAUUGAGCAACUGCAAGGAGGCAGUUAUAAGAAGAUUGGAUACUACGACAGCUCUCAGAAGAAUCUCUCCUGGUUCGGCAACGAUGUGUGGAUAGGUGCCGGGCCCCCGGCUGACUCGACAAUAGUCAUUGAGGAGUUUAGGUACCUCUCUCAGAAGCUGUUUGCUGCUGUGUCUGUCUUCGCUGGUCUGGGCAUCCUGCUGGGCAUCGUCUGUCUGACCUUCAACAUCUACAACAGCAACGUCCGGUACAUCCAGAACUCCCAGCCCUACCUGAACAACAUGACGGCAGUGGGUUGUAUGAUGGCCCUGGCUGCUGUGUUUCCCCUGGGGAUCGACGGACACCACAUCCACAGGUCCCAGUUCCCUGUGGUCUGUCAGUUCCGUCUGUGGCUGCUCGGCCUGGGCUUCAGUCUGGCCUAUGGCAGCAUGUUCACCAAGAUUUGGUGGGUACACAAUCUCUUCACAAAGAAGGAGGAGAAGAAGGAGAAGAGGAAGCACCUGGAGCCAUGGAAACUCUAUGCAACAGUUGGAGUGUUACUAGCCAUAGACGUCCUGUCACUCAUGAUUUGGCAGAUUGUGGAUCCUUUACACAUCACAGUAGAGAAGUUCACUAGGGAGGCCCCUAAAGGAGACUUGGAUGUCCUGAUUCAGCCCCUCCUGGAGCACUGCACCUCAGAGAAGAUGAACACAUGGCUCGGUGUAGUGUAUGGCUACAAGGGACUACUGCUGUUGCUGGGGAUAUUUCUAGCCUACGAGACCAAGUCUGUUUCCACGGAGAAGAUCAAUGACCAUCGAGCCGUGGGGAUGGCUAUUUACAACGUGGCUGUGUUGUGCAUGAUCACGGCUCCCGUCACUAUGAUCCUCACGUCACAGCAGGAUGCUUCCUUUGCCUUUGCCGCGUUGGCCAUAGUGUUCUCUGUCUACAUCACGCUGGUGGUGCUCUUUGUGCCCAAGAUGCGCAGGCUGAUUACGCGUGGUGAGUGGCAGUCGGAGCAGCAGGACACGCUGAAGACCGGCUCGUCCACCAACAACAACGACGAGGAGAAGUCUCGCCAGCUGGAGAGAGAGAACCGUGAGCUGCAGAAGAUCAUACAGGAGAAAGAGCAGAGGGUAUCGGAGCUCCGCAACCAGCUGGUUGAGAGACAGGCCCUGCGCAACCGACGACGGCCCUCAUCCGGCACCAAUCAGAACCACAGCAACCCGUCCCCGCCCUCUUCCCAGCCAGACCCCAAGUCUCUCCUGCCCCCACCCGGUUACCCCAACCCUGCGUCGGACAAUCACUCCUCCUUACCGCCCUCCUUCUCCAACUCCUCCAACCUGUACCAGGCGGACAGCAAGAUAAGUCGCAACCACUGUCACAACAGCCAGAUCCCCCUGCUCUACAAGUGAAGGGGGGGGGGGGGGGCUGGAAGAGCGCAGAGCACCCUGAGGAACGAACACACAUGGAGGCACUGUGACUUUCACUUGUUAAGGAAAAAGAGCACAAGCUACUGACAUUGACAGAGUGAGUAGAGGCGCACGACGGCAGAGGACUUUUCCAUUCACUACAGGCUGCUGUGAGGCGAGUCAGCCGGGGUAACACCAUUCUUUCUCACAGUCAUUCUCACUGUGGGGACCUGAAGCACUUAUGACUAGUAAUACGAGUUAUUGAAUAAGAGACGAGCACAUCCCAGAAUAACCCUCAGUCUACUUGUGGAGACAAGAAAAUGGACAGAUCUCCCCUUUUCACUCCUCCUCUUUCCUCCUUCCCUUUGUUUGUUUCCUCGUUCUGUUGUGCAGAUGUAUCUAGGAUCUCCGGGAGGACUUUGUGUACUGUGUGUGUUUGCUCCUUUAUGACUCCCGUCUCUAUUUGUCUCUUUUUGACUCCCGUCUCUGCCUAUUUGUCUUCUGUUUGUUGAAAUAGCGAAGCACCUGGUAAUUGAUUAAUAUUGUUAUUGCAUAAUGUAUGAUAUGUUAUGUCAUGGAUUCAGUGUUGUGCCCUAUAUCUAUUUAGUUCAAUAGUUGUUUUUUUUGGGGUGUGGGGGGGGGGGGGUAAAGGGGUGGAAACGGUUCAAAUGCAAUUAGAGUGGAAAAAACAGCACAGUUUCCCUGUGAAUUCAAUAUCAAGACGCCAUCUAAACUCAGUGUAAAGUCAUCCUAACUGACAGUGAAUUGCCAACAUUAUAGCCAUAUGCAGUAGAGGGUUUUGGAAUGGACACCCACAUUUUGGGACAAUAGCAAGAUAUUUGUGGAUGUUUUGCUGUACACAUAUUCAAGUACAGCUUUGUAUCUUCAAUCACAUGUUUGCUGUUAUAUGCUCUUGAAUAGAUGAAACCCAUUUGAUAAGAAACUAGUGUAAUGUGAUAUGUAACCUAAUCCAUUUUCUAUGGAUCAUCUUUUUGAACAUUUUCAAUUGGACUUGAAUGGAUAUGUUCCGGCGAUAUGAACUUUCUUGGACACAUCAGAGAUAUUCAAAGGUAGCUCAACCUCCUAAAGAUUUUAAACGGCAUAUGUAUUAUGCAUCAGUCUUCCGAGCCUUUUUUAUUUUCUUUGUCUUUAGGGGAAAACAGAUUUUAGUGACAAUCUGUAUAUAAAUGUAAAUGUGAGGGUACAUGCCUGUCACCCGUUGGUCUUAUAUUUGACGUUUCUUUCCGAAUUGUCCCUCCAAUUUUAGCUUUGUACAACCACAUUUGUGAAUGUGAUGACGAAGAGUGUAUGUAACGGAUUCUGACAUGCGUCUACGACAGUUAAUAUAUAUGUACAAUCUCAUUCGUUAGCAAUUCAUCCAAAUGUAUGAAGCAAUGAUAUAACACAGCUUUAUUGGCAAGUUACGUAAGUGACGAUACUUUUCCAAAUAGCGUGAUCUCAUGUUGCACUAUAGUUCAAGACGUAACAGGGUUUCAGGUCAGGAUUUUGUUGCCGUUCUAAUGACAUACUGUAGCUCAGGGUAUAGGAAAGUGAGAUAUACAACCUCUCCAUAGGAAGUUAUUGGAUGAAAUAGUCCAUAUGUAUUAACUGUACAUGGAUGACAUUGGGUAAUAUUGUAAUAUAUGUAUGCGAAGAUUAUUUAGAGAAAUAUACUCUUGCACAUGUAUGAAUAUACACUGAGUGUACAAAACAUUAGGAACACCUUCCUAAUAUUGAGUUGCAGCCCCUUUUGCCCUCAGGACAGCCUCAAUUCGUCGGGGCACGGCCUACAAGGUGUUGAAAGCUUUCCACUGGGAUGCUGGCCCAUGUUGACUCGAAUGCUUCUCACAGUUGUGUCAAGUUGGCUGGAUGUCUUUUGGGUGGUGGACAAUUCUUGAUACACACGGGAAACUGUUGUGAAAAAUCCAGAGUGUUGCAGUUCUUGACACACUCAAGCCGGUGUGCCUGGCACCUACUACCGUACCCUGUUCAAAGGCACUUUGUCUUGCCCAUUCACCCUCUGAAUGGUUCACAUACACAAUCCAUGUUUCAAUGGUCUGAAGGCUUAAAAAUCCUUCUCCUCCCCUUCAUCUACACUGAUUGAAGUGGAUUGAACAGGUGACGUCAAUAAGGGAUCAUAGCUUUUACCUGGACUCACUUGUUCAGUCUAUGUCAUGGAAAAAGCAGGUAUUCUUAAUGUUUUGUACACUCAGUCUAUACAACUGGAUUUUAAGAUAUUUGUAUACACUAUAUUUACAAUUUUAAAUGUUGAUAUAUUUCAGAUUAUAUGUAUUCAAAUAUAUGGAUAAUCAUAGUAAAAUAAACCCAUUGUUUUUCACUGAA